AUGGAUAGCGAAGAAGAGGAGGAUUUCGGUCUUAAACCGGGCUCAGUAAUUGAAUCAUCUCAUGCAAAGUAUACAAUUGAUAAAUUGCUUGGUGAAGGUGGUUUUGGAGCUGUAUAUCGUGUCCAUGAUUCCAACAAUCCAAGUCUAGAAUACGCUUUAAAAGUGGAACGGAAACUUGAAACACGUAAAGAUUCCAAACUCAAGAUGGAGGUACGAAAUCUCGCUGAUAUUAUCAACCAAGCUGAUAAUAUUUAA